GACGUAUACGAUUAUGCGUGGGCGUGUGUGCGGUGGGGAUGUUGUAUGUAGUAUGUAGCGACUAGUAAGCAUACGGUCUGGAGGAAAAAUAUGAGAUAGACUCGCGAAACAAGUGUCAGCGAGGAAGAAGCUGGGAAAAACAACUUUUGUUUUCGUCGGAGCGGCAUGCGAUCGAUCUCCGAGUCCUCUGACGCUGGCACGAUUCCUUAUAAGCAAUAUACCGUAGGACAGAUACGAGAGGGAAAACAACGGACGUCAAGUCGACGGAAAGCAAGUCGAAUACAAUUGUACUUUAAGCCUCCGUUUUGUUCUGCGGUCGGCAGUCGCGAGAGAGCGGAUCGUAUUAAAAGGUCGAGUGUCGACGUGAACAGCUGAUUCGUUGAUGUGUUGCGACUCUGGAAUCUGGAUUCUGGAUGGUUGCUACAGCUGCAGGUCGCGCGCCGCGCUCGUAUUGUCGACGUCGCUGCUUUGCGCGAGGGGAAGGGUUCGUCCUGAAGGAUAGCUGAUACCUAUAAUGGAGAGUCGGCGAACACGGGAAUUCUUUUUAUUGUACGAGAGAGGCUCUGGAAGUUUUGGAGUCAAGAAAAAUUGAGGGUCGGCUGCUUUGACAAAAUGACAACAUUUUGUUUGCUCUGAAAUAAAAGGUCUGAUUCAAGGAAGCUGAAAAUAAUUUUUGAAACAAUGGAUUAUGAGUAUACCCCGUUUCAUAGAGAGAAGGAUAUCCAUAAUCGUUGCUGCGGGGGAAAACUUUGGUGCAUUAAGGAUAUAUGUGGAAUCAUUUGCGCUGUUCUCACAUGGCUUUUAAUAAUUUACGCCGAAUUUGUUGUUAUGGCAGUGAUUCUUAUUCCUACGAUUAAUACACUCUAUUCUAGUCUGAACAUGGCAAUAUUUCAGACAUUAGCUUUUUUAGCGUUUACGUCACACUUAAGGACAAUGUUUACAGAUCCAGGUGCAGUACCAAAAGGAAAUGCAACAAAAGAGAUGAUACAGCAAAUGGGCUUUAGGGAAGGUCAAGUAAUUUUUAAGUGUCCAAAAUGUUGUUCUAUCAAACCUGAUAGAGCCCAUCAUUGCUCUGUAUGUCAACGAUGCAUUAGGAAAAUGGAUCAUCACUGUCCUUGGGUAAAUAAUUGUGUAGGAGAAAACAAUCAAAAAUACUUUGUUCUUUUUACUUUUUAUAUUGCUGGAAUAUCAUUGCAGUCUUUAUUCCUAUGUAUUCAACAAUUCACCACUUGCGUUAGACAAGAAUGGCGAGACUGCACAACUUUUAGCCCACCCGCCACAGUUGUCCUAUUACUAUUUUUAACAUUUGAAGCUCUUCUUUUUGCUAUUUUUACUGCUGUAAUGUUAGGUACUCAAUUGCAAGCUAUUUGGAAUGAUGAAACGGGUAUAGAACAAUUGAAGAAGGAAGAAGCUCGAUGGGUUAGGAACAGUCGUUGGAAAUCCAUUCAAGCCGUUUUUGGAAGGUUUUCUAUUGCAUGGUUUUCACCUUUCACAUCACCACCAAAUGCCAAAACAAAAUUAGAUUCAUAUUUAUAUUCCGUCUAAUAGAGUUAAAUUGAAGCAUGCUCUACAUAUUGGCAAACUUUAAAGAAACAAGAACAAGAAACAUCUGCCAAAGUUAAUGAAUUUGCUACAAAAACACUAAUUAUUUCAAGACUGUUUUUCAAGUUUGUUUCUUAGUUUUUCUCUGAUUUUCGGAGUGAUUACGAGGCACACAUAAAUAAUUGUAUAUAUUUAUACAUAAUAUUGCAUUAUAUGUAGUUUUCUUGAAAGCAUUUUAUUUAAUGUUCAUCAACAAGGCAUACUUCAUUGACUUGAAUAAAACCAAUUUUUUUUCUCAGGAACUAAAUGACAUCAAGUUUGUAUCAAUUUGUUUGUCAUAGAUGUGCUGGUUGCCUUUUACUACGAUUCAGCGGACUGAUGUUGAACAGUUUUACAAGCACAUGCUUUUCCUUUCGAAGGAAUUUAUAAAUAACGGUUUGCAUUGAUGUCAAGUCGAAUCAUAAUGCGCAGACCACGUUUAUAUAUUCAUGUAAUGAGUAUCUGUGACAGAGGAUAUUCAUAGAAAACAAUGAAAUGUAUGUGGAUCUUACUAUAACUCUGUACAGCUGAUAAUACAUGCACAGUCAUUGUGAUACAUACAUAUUCUAUAUAUAAUUGACAUAAAUUUUGUACGUUUCUAAUAUUUUUAUUUUUUCUAUAAAACUAAAAAUUGUUUGAUACAAAUGCAAUUUAUUAUUUAGAAAUCAAGAAUAUCGUGUUAUCGUCAACCAUUCUUGGAGUAAAAAUGACAUAUAUUUUUCACCUAGUUAACAUAUUUUUCUACAAGAGAAUAUGAAUUGUAUUUAUACUUAAUUAACUACUUGAUUAUUUUCUUUUUUAACAAGAAUUCUAUCCCAUGGUAAAAAUUUUAUUUCACUCCAAGGUACCUGUGUGAUUGCAGAUUAAAUAUAGUAAAAAAUCGUGUAAUAUCAAUUUAUAAAUAUUUUGUAUGAAAUUAUUUCCAUGUAACAACAAGAUGAUUAUGCACAUUAUAAUUUUAAACUGUCGAAAAGGAAAAUUGGUUAUGAGGAUUAUUAGCAUAACUUAAAUAAAAUUUUUAUAAAACUUA